AUGGCUGCUACAGGAGUCGCCCCCAACAACAUCGGAUUCGACUUUUCAAACUACGCUCGUAACGAGUUCCUCGGAGCCCGUCUCGGCGCGCAGGCGAAGACUACCUCGACCGGUACCACCAUCGUCGGCCUCAAGUACGGCGGCGGAGACUCGGGCGACGAGGAGGGUAUCUGCCUUGGCGCCGACACCCGUGCGACUGGCGGUCCCAUUGUCGCCGACAAGAACUGCGAGAAGAUCCACUACCUUACCCCUCACAUCAGGUGUUGUGGUGCCGGAACCGCCGCUGACACUGAAUAUGUCACCAACCUGAUCUCUUCCAACCUCGAGCUCCACUCUCUGUCCCAGGGACGGCAAGUGCGCGUUGUUACUGCCAUGACCAUGCUCAAGCAGUACCUCUACCGCUACCAGGGUCACGUCGGCGCGUACCUCGUUGUUGGUGGUGUCGACUCGACUGGCCCCCAGCUCUUCACCGUCCACGCCCACGGUUCGACCGACAAGCUCCCCUACGUCACCAUGGGCUCGGGUUCGCUUGCCGCCAUGGCCGUCUUCGAGUCUGCGUACAAGGAGCAUCUCACCAAGGCAGAAGCCAUCGCCCUCGUUGCCCGUGCCAUCCGUGCCGGUGUGUUCAACGACCUCGGCUCGGGUUCCAACGUCGACGUCUCGGUCAUCACCAAGGCCGGUACCGAGACCCUGCGCAACUACGAGACUCCCAACGAGCGCGGUAUCAAGUCGCGCGACUACAAGUUCCGCCGCGGAACGACUGCGUGGCUCAAGGAGAAUGUGCGCGACCUCGUCGUGUCGGAGGAAGUCAAGGUGACCAUGGGCGCUGGAAAGGCCCAGCAGGGCACUACCGACCGCCCUGUGGCUGUGGGUGCCGGUCCCGGAGGCGAGGAGGGUAUGGACCUGGACGCAUGA